ACAGGCUCAACAUUUUCUUGUGUUUGGUUUCCUACUUUCUAGGCGAAUCGUUUGGCAUCAGAAUCUCUCUGCUUUCUUACGCUUUUCCGGUUCUGAUAUUGUUACAGGUGCUUUCUUUUGAUUAAUCUUUUAUUUUUUCUUUUCGGUUGUUGGUCCAAAAUGAUUUAAUUUUGUUUAAAUUUUCUCGUUGGAUUAAUUGUUGGGUGCAUUUUCAUUUUAAAUAUAAUGUUUGUUACUUUUGGUUUUGUAAUCUUUUUGGAAAAAUUCUUGGUAUUUCUUUAGUCUUUUGUACAUGUAUUAAUUAUAUGUCCUGGAACUAUAGAAAGGAAUCAAAAGAAAAAGAGAAAAAGGGUUCCUGAGGUUUUUAUUUAUUUUUUGAAGUUGGCUAAUGCUUUUUGCCUGUAUUUAGUUUAAGCAUUGUCUUUUUACUUUAAUUUUCAUCGAAGCUUUUGUUUUGACAUAUGAUCGACGAAAAUUGUUGUUAAAUGUUUGGUUUCUGAACCACGACGAAUCCCAUAUCAAUUUUGCAGCUUCUGGUUCUGUGUCAAAUUGAGGCCAAAUUACUUUCUGCAUUACCAUUGGGUCAAAAACAUUCCUCUCUUUAGAGCAAAUUGAAAGUAAUAUGAUGUCCUUCCACGGUUAAGUGCUUGAGUUGUUGGAUUUUUAUAGCUUGAAAAGAGGAUAUCGUGGAGUGGGAUGGACAUUACUGCUCUUUUAACCUCCGCCGGAAUCAAUAUAGCUAUAUGUGUUGUGCUUCUGUCAUUGUAUUCCGUACUGAGAAAACAACCAAGCAAUGGAUGUGUGUAUUUUACGCAGAGGCUGGUUUCAGAACCAGUAAAGUAUAGUGAUCCUUUUUGCCUUGAAAGACUUGUGCCGUCUGCAAGCUGGAUCAUGAGGGUCUGGCAAGCAACUGAUGAAGAUAUAUUGGCUGUCGGUGGUGUGGAUGCUGUAGUUUUCAUGAGAAUAGUUGUUUUCAGUAUUCGUGUAUUCAUCAUUGCUGCUAUGAUUUGCAUUUUUCUAGUGCUUCCAGUAAAUUAUUAUGGACAAGAUAUGCAGCACAAGCAAAUCAAUGCAGAAUCACUGGAAGUAUUUACAAUUGGAAAUGUAAAAGAAGGUUCAAAAUGGCUUUGGACUCAUUGUCUUGCAUUGUACAUUAUAUCCUGCUCAGCUUGUGUUCUGCUUUACUUUGAGUAUAAAAGUAUCACUAAAAUGAGGCUAGCACAUAUUACUGGAUCUCCUCCCAGUCCAAGUCAUUUCACAGUUCUAGUCCGUGGCAUCCCGUGGUCUCCAGAUCAUUCAUACAGUGAUUCAGUGGAAAAGUUCUUUUCAACUUAUUAUCCAGCAAGCUACGUGUCUCACCAGAUGGUAUAUCAGGCUGGUACCAUUGAUAAAUUAAUGAAGGAUGCAGAGAAGAUGUACAGAAUGCUAAAAACCAUUGAGCCACAGUGUGGAAAGAGCUCUAUGCCGUGCUGUCUUUGUGGAGGAACUACACAUUCCUUUAAGGUGCUUAACAAUGAAGCAGAAAGUGUUAAGAGUAAAACAAGCGUUGAUGGGUUGCAACCAACUCAAAGAGAAAAGGAACGUCCAGCUGCUUUUGUUUUCUUCAGGACUCGCUAUGCUGCUGUUAUUGCUGCUCAAGUUCUUCAAUCAUCAAAUCCUAUGCUAUGGGUGACACAGCUAGCCCCAGAGCCACAUGAUGUUUAUUGGUCAAACCUCUCCAUACCGUACAAACAAGUUUGGCUUCGUAAAAUAGCAACUCUUCUAGGUGCUAUUGUUUUUAUGUUAGUGUUUCUUGUUCCAGUUACAUUUGUGCAAGGCUUGACUCAACUAGACCAGCUAUCACAUACAUUUCCAUUUCUUAAAGGAAUUUUAAAACAGAAGUACAUGAAUCAUCUGGUAACAGGUUAUCUACCAAGUGUGAUUCUGAUAUUAUUUCUGUAUGCUGUUCCACCAACCAUGAUGCUAUUUUCCGCGAUGGAGGGAAAUGUUUCACGCAGUGAGAGGAAAAGGAGUGCAUGCAUUAAAAUUUUGUACUUCACAAUCUGGAAUGUUUUCUUCGUUAAUGUUCUUUCUGGAUCUGUAAUCAGUCAAUUGAGUGUUUUCUCAAGUGUUAGAGACAUACCUAUACAACUUGCCAAAGCAGUGCCAGCCCAGGCUACCUUCUUCACGACUUAUGUUUUAUCAUCAGGCUGGGCAAGCUUGUCCUGUGAAGUAAUACAACUCUUUGCUCUUCUUUGCAAUGUGUUCAGAAAAUUCAUACUAAGAAUUAAGGAAGAACCAUCUAAUUGUGCUCUAACCUUCCCUCAUCACACUGAAAUUCCGAGACUUCUUCUUUUUGGACUCCUUGGCUUCACUUGUUCUAUCAUGGCACCCUUAAUAUUGCCCUUCUUGCUGGUUUACUUCUUUCUUGCUUUCCUUGUCUAUAGAAACCAGAUUCUCCAUGUAUACGUAUCAAAAUAUGAAAGUGGGGGACAGUUCUGGCCUAUUGUUCAUAACACAACAAUCUUCUCUUUGGUGUUGACACAAAUUAUUGCCCUUGGGGUCUUUGGCAUAAAACGAUCACCCAUUGCUUCUGGUUUCACUAUUCCCCUAAUAUUUUUCACUGUUCUGUUCAAUGAGUACUGUAGGCAGAGGUUUUCCCCUGUUUUUAAGAGGAGUCCUGCACAGGUUCUAAUAGAGAUGGAUCGACAAGACGAGCGGUGGGGGACGAUAGAAGAGAUAUAUAAUCAGUUACGUUCAGCCUACUGCCAGUACCCGUCAAUUUCUCCUGACUUGUCCACAGCUGGAAACACCAGCCACCACGAAGAUAAGGAGAGUUCCCAAGAUCCAGAGUCACUGACGCCAGGAAAUCAACUUGUUAAAUUAAAUGAAUAGUAGGCUGUUCAUCACAUUUCAGAAAGAGAGGGCGUAGUACAAAGUGAACUGGUUAAUUCUUCUGUUACCAUGAUGUGCAAAAACUAUCAAUCUAUCCAUUAACACUUUCAUUAUGCUGAUGGUGGUUGCCAGGAGCAGGUGCUCUGUUAUUCUAGGAAACAUUGAUAGUAUAGAGGUUUAAUGGUGGCAAUGGUAAAUUGGAAGCAGGGCAUUGGGUUACAGGUUUUUCAUUACAAAAGAAUUACUUUUCCAUUUUAUUUCUCACACUUUAUGGGGCAGAGAUAAUUAGACAAAAAGCCCUUUGAUUUGUAUACUCUACAAUCUACGUUGUACAGUUUUAAAGGAAAGUGUUUUAUCCUUCUGCAUGAUUGAAAUGAA